AUGAGAAACAGGAGUCACGGACCGUUGACACCAAUAUUUCAGUAUCUCAGAUCGCAAGGCUUAAAGCGAAAAAUAAUUACUCAACUGGAUGAAGGUGGCGCCCUUGACCGCCCUCGUGGCAGUCCUGGCGAGCUUGACGGCGGCCGAGCGCCCUCUCCGCGCCCCUCCCGCCCCUCCCGCCCUCCCGCCCAUCCCUCCUGCGACCUGAGACGCGACGCCCGCUGGGGGGACGGGGCCUGCGCAACGGGCGGCGCGGACUCCGGGGCGGGUUUCGAAACCAGGGAAACGGACGAAGACAAUGUGAGGGAAGCAGGAGAGGAAGAAGAACCGGGAAAGAGAGAAGGAGGCGAAGGGAAAGAGGAACUAGGGAAGGGAGAAGAAGGCGAAGAGGAGGUAGAGAGGGCGAAGGAAAGGGAGGGAGCGAGGUCGUUGACAGAAGAGGGAGAUUUUGAGAAGUUCAUCAACGAAGGUCACGUCCAUAUUGUCUACUUUUAUGCGAAAAGAGGUUCCGAGGCGAUCCGAAGAUUCCUGACGGAGUACAAUGAGUCAGCGAAACACUUACUACAGUACAAGGUGUACCUGGCAACAGUGGAGUGCGGGCAGUACCCAGUGCCGGGUUACUGCGGGCAGGACAAGGUGGGCAGGACGGCCCACGGCUUCCGCGACGGCCAGGAGCGCAUCGCCUUUCCACUCGACACGCUCUUCAAUCUCAACGCCAUAGUGGCCUCGGCCCUUCACCUGGCCAUGAUCAACACGGUGCCCAUCUUGCAAACGGCAGGAGAGAGGAAGGACCUCGAGCUGCGGUGUCGUGGCCGCUGCGACAUCAUCUUCUCAUACCAGCGAACCCUCGGCACUUACGGUGAGAGAGGCCUGGCGCUGGGGAUUCAGGUGGCUGUGUUAGCCUUUGACUUUUAG